AUGGUUCUCAUUGGCAUGAUGCCACUGUCAUGCAUUGCUCUCAUUGGCAUGAUGCCACUGUCAUGCAUUUCUCUCAUUGGCAUGAUGCCACUGUCAUGCAUUGCUCUCAUUGGCAUGAUGUCACUGUCAUGCAUUUCUCUCAUUGGCAUGAUGCCACUGUCAUGCAUUUCUCUCAUUGGCAUGAUGCCACUGUCAUGCAUUGCUCUCAUUGGCAUGAUGCCACUGUCAUGCAUUGCUCUCAUUGGCAUGAUGCCACUGUCAUGCAUUGCUCUCAUUGGCAUGAUGCCACUGUCAUGCAUUGCUCUCAUUGGCAUGAUGCCACUGUCAUGCAUUUCUCUCAUUGGCAUGAUGCCACUGUCAUGCAUUUCUCUCAUUGGCAUGAUGCCACUGUCAUGCAUUUCUCUCAUUGGCAUGAUGCCACUGUCAUGCAUUUCUCUCAUUGGCAUGAUGCCACUGUCAUGCAUUGCUCUCAUUGGCAUGAUGCCACUGUCAUGCAUUGCUCUCAUUGGCAUGAUGCCACUGUCAUGCAUUGCUCUCAUUGGCAUGAUGCCACUGUCAUGCAUUGCUCUCAUUGGCAUGAUGCCACUGUCAUGCAUUGCUCUCAUUGGCAUGAUGCCACUGUCAUGCAUUGCUCUCAUUGGCAUGAUGCCACUGUCAUGCAUUGCUCUCAUUGGCAUGAUGCCACUGUCAUGCAUUGCUCUCAUUGGCAUGAUGCCACUGUCAUGCAUUGCUCUCAUUGGCAUGAUGCCACUGUCAUGCAUUGCUCUCAUUGGCAUGAUGCCACUGUCAUGCAUUGCUCUCAUUGGCAUGAUGCCACUGUCAUGCAUUGCUCUCAUUGGCAUGAUGCCACUGUCAUGCAUUGCUCUCAUUGGCAUGAUGCCACUGUCAUGCAUUGCUCUCAUUGGCAUGAUGCCACUGUCAUGCAUUGCUCUCAUUGGCAUGAUGCCACUGUCAUGCAUUGCUCUCAUUGGCAUGAUGCCACUGUCAUGCAUUUCUCUCAUUGGCAUGAUGCCACUGUCAUGCAUUGCUCUCAUUGGCAUGAUGCCACUGUCAUGCAUUGCUCUCAUUGGCAUGAUGCCACUGUCAUGCAUUGCUCUCAUUGGCAUGAUGCCACUGUCAUGCAUUUCUCUCAUUGGCAUGAUGCCACUGUCAUGCAUUGCUCUCAUUGGCAUGAUGCCACUGUCAUGCAUUGCUCUCAUUGGCAUGAUGCCACUGUCAUGCAUUGCUCUCAUUGGCAUGAUGCCACUGUCAUGCAUUGCUCUCAUUGGCAUGAUGCCACUGUCAUGCAUUUCUCUCAUUGGCAUGAUGCCACUGUCAUGCAUUGCUCUCAUUGGCAUGAUGCCACUGUCAUGCAUUGCUCUCAUUGGCAUGAUGCCACUGUCAUGCAUUGCUCUCAUUGGCAUGAUGCCACUGUCAUGCAUUGCUCUCAUUGGCAUGAUGCCACUGUCAUGCAUUUCUCUCAUUGGCAUGAUGCCACUGUCAUGCAUUUCUCUCAUUGGCAUGAUGCCACUGUCAUGCAUUUCUCUCAUUGGCAUGAUGCCACUGUCAUGCAUUUCUCUCAUUGGCAUGAUGCCACUGUCAUGCAUUGCUCUCAUUGGCAUGAUGCCACUGUCAUGCAUUGCUCUCAUUGGCAUGAUGCCACUGUCAUGCAUUGCUCUCAUUGGCAUGAUGCCACUGUCAUGCAUUGCUCUCAUUGGCAUGAUGCCACUGUCAUGCAUUGCUCUCAUUGGCAUGAUGCCACUGUCAUGCAUUGCUCUCAUUGGCAUGAUGCCACUGUCAUGCAUUGCUCUCAUUGGCAUGAUGCCACUGUCAUGCAUUGCUCUCAUUGGCAUGAUGCCACUGUCAUGCAUUGCUCUCAUUGGCAUGAUGCCACUGUCAUGCAUUGCUCUCAUUGGCAUGAUGCCACUGUCAUGCAUUGCUCUCAUUGGCAUGAUGCCACUGUCAUGCAUUGCUCUCAUUGGCAUGAUGCCACUGUCAUGCAUUGCUCUCAUUGGCAUGAUGCCACUGUCAUGCAUUGCUCUCAUUGGCAUGAUGCCACUGUCAUGCAUUGCUCUCAUUGGCAUGAUGCCACUGUCAUGCAUUUCUCUCAUUGGCAUGAUGCCACUGUCAUGCAUUGCUCUCAUUGGCAUGAUGCCACUGUCAUGCAUUGCUCUCAUUGGCAUGAUGCCACUGUCAUGCAUUGCUCUCAUUGGCAUGAUGCCACUGUCAUGCAUUUCUCUCAUUGGCAUGAUGCCACUGUCAUGCAUUGCUCUCAUUGGCAUGAUGCCACUGUCAUGCAUUGCUCUCAUUGGCAUGAUGCCACUGUCAUGCAUUGCUCUCAUUGGCAUGAUGCCACUGUCAUGCAUUGCUCUCAUUGGCAUGAUGCCACUGUCAUGCAUUUCUCUCAUUGGCAUGAUGCCACUGUCAUGCAUUGCUCUCAUUGGCAUGAUGCCACUGUCAUGCAUUGCUCUCAUUGGCAUGAUGCCACUGUCAUGCAUUGCUCUCAUUGGCAUGAUGCCACUGUCAUGCAUUGCUCUCAUUGGCAUGAUGCCACUGUCAUGCAUUUCUCUCAUUGGCAUGAUGCCACUGUCAUGCAUUUCUCUCAUUGGCAUGAUGCCACUGUCAUGCAUUGCUCUCAUUGGCAUGAUGCCACUGUCAUGCAUUGCUCUCAUUGGCAUGAUGCCACUGUCAUGCAUUGCUCUCAUUGGCAUGAUGCCACUGUCAUGCAUUGCUCUCAUUGGCAUGAUGCCACUGUCAUGCAUUGCUCUCAUUGGCAUGAUGCCACUGUCAUGCAUUGCUCUCAUUGGCAUGAUGCCACUGUCAUGCAUUGCUCUCAUUGGCAUGAUGCCACUGUCAUGCAUUGCUCUCAUUGGCAUGAUGCCACUGUCAUGCAUUGCUCUCAUUGGCAUGAUGCCACUGUCAUGCAUUUCUCUCAUUGGCAUGAUGCCACUGUCAUGCAUUUCUCUCAUUGGCAUGAUGCCACUGUCAUGCAUUGCUCUCAUUGGCAUGAUGCCACUGUCAUGCAUUUCUCUCAUUGGCAUGAUGCCACUGUCAUGCAUUGCUCUCAUUGGCAUGAUGCCACUGUCAUGCAUUGCUCUCAUUGGCAUGAUGCCACUGUCAUGCAUUGCUCUCAUUGGCAUGAUGCCACUAUCGUGCAUUGCUCUCAUUGGCAUGAUGCCACUGUCAUGCAUUGCUCUCAUUGGCAUGAUGCCACUGUCAUGCAUUGCUCUCAUUGGCAUGAUGCCACUGUCAUGCAUUGCUCUCAUUGGCAUGAUGCCACUGUCAUGCAUUUCUCUCAUUGGCAUGAUGCCACUGUCAUGCAUUGCUCUCAUUGGCAUGAUGCCACUGUCAUGCAUUGCUCUCAUUGGCAUGAUGCCACUGUCAUGCAUUGCUCUCAUUGGCAUGAUGCCACUGUCAUGCAUUGCUCUCAUUGGCAUGAUGCCACUGUCAUGCAUUGCUCUCAUUGGCAUGAUGCCACUGUCAUGCAUUGCUCUCAUUGGCAUGAUGCCACUGUCAUGCAUUGCUCUCAUUGGCAUGAUGCCACUGUCAUGCAUUGCUCUCAUUGGCAUGAUGCCACUGUCAUGCAUUGCUCUCAUUGGCAUGAUGCCACUGUCCCGCAUUGCUCUCAUUGGCAUGAUGCCACUGUCAUGCAUUGCUCUCAUUGGCAUGAUGCCACUGUCAUGCAUUGCUCUCAUUGGCAUGAUGCCACUGUCAUGCAUUGCUCUCAUUGGCAUGAUGCCACUGUCAUGCAUUUCUCUCAUUGGCAUGAUGCCACUGUCGCUCAUUUCUCUCAUUGGCAUGAUGCCACUGUCAUGCAUUGCUCUCAUUGGCAUGAUGCCACUGUCAUGCAUUGCUCUCAUUGGCAUGAUGCCACUGUCAUGCAUUGCUCUCAUUGGCAUGAUGCCACUGUCAUGCAUUGCUCUCAUUGGCAUGAUGCCACUGUCAUGCAUUGCUCUCAUUGGCAUGAUGCCACUGUCAUGCAUUGCUCUCAUUGGCAUGAUGCCACUGUCAUGCAUUGCUCUCAUUGGCAUGAUGCCACUGUCAUGCAUUGCUCUCAUUGGCAUGAUGCCACUGUCAUGCAUUGCUCUCAUUGGCAUGAUGCCACUGUCAUGCAUUGCUCUCAUUGGCAUGAUGCCACUGUCAUGCAUUGCUCUCAUUGGCAUGAUGCCACUGUCAUGCAUUGCUCUCAUUGGCAUGAUGCCACUGUCAUGCAUUGCUCUCAUUGGCAUGAUGCCACUGUCAUGCAUUGCUCUCAUUGGCAUGAUGCCACUGUCAUGCAUUGCUCUCAUUGGCAUGAUGCCACUGUCAUGCAUUGCUCUCAUUGGCAUGAUGCCACUGUCAUGCAUUGCUCUCAUUGGCAUGAUGCCACUGUCAUGCAUUUCUCUCAUUGGCAUGAUGCCACUGUCAUGCAUUGCUCUCAUUGGCAUGAUGCCACUGUCAUGCAUUGCUCUCAUUGGCAUGAUGCCACUGUCAUGCAUUGCUCUCAUUGGCAUGAUGCCACUGUCAUGCAUUGCUCUCAUUGGCAUGAUGCCACUGUCAUGCAUUGCUCUCAUUGGCAUGAUGCCACUGUCAUGCAUUUCUCUCAUUGGCAUGAUGCCACUGAUACGCAUAGCUCUCAUUGGCAUGAUGCCACUGUCAUGCAUUGCUCUCAUUGGCAUGAUGCCACUCUCUCAUUGGCAUGAUGCCACUGUCAUGCAUUGCUCUCAUUGGCAUGAUGCCACUGUCAUGCUCUCAGAGUCAUUGCUCCAAUGUUGCGAUUUCCCUCUCGUGUCGCCAUUCUCAACAUCUUAA